CCCAUUCUUUGUGCACUACGCGUGACACUUAGCUACAACCUUGCGAGCGAUCGAAAGUUUAAAUUCUUUUUUCGCUCCUAAUCUCUUGCCCUGAGAAAAGAGACCCAAAAUAUUUCAAUCAUGGAAGCCCAUGCAAUCUCUCCUGAUGUUGUCGAUGUGAUUCCUGCUCAGGUUAUAAAGGUAAACUCAUCAAGAAAUGUACUUACAGUGCAGACACCUUACAUAAUGUUACUUCUCAAGUUCAUAGUGUUACUGCCCAAGUUGAAUCUAUACUCCUCAAGGGAAAGAAGAAACAACAUUCACGAUCAAGACGUGACCUUAAUAAUGUUAAGAGAGGGUUAAGUCAGUGGCUAGGACGUAAGAUCCAAAGAUGAUAUUUUUAUAUCUCUUCACAGGAAUGACUGGUGUUUCUGAAUUUAAUAGAGACAAUUAGACUUGCGUGCUAAGCGCCAACAGCCGGAACUCUCCCCUCCACUGCAGUUCAUUUGAGUUCUCAUAACUUUAUUUGGUUGGUUUUAAAGGUGAAAUAUGGAGACCUGGAAGUGAAUAUGGGAAACACAUUGACGCCAGCUCAGGUAAAAAUUGAAGUGUUUUAAGAAAGCGGGGGGUUAAUUAUGCAGAACUGUGCUAAUUUUGGUCAUUUUGGAUAAAAAAAAUUAUAUUGUGGAAAUUGGGCUAAAUUUUGCUUGCUUAACAUGCGAAAUUUAUUUCUUUAUUUAAUUUCUAGAUUAGUUUGAGCUUUAUUUUUUAGAAAUCAUCAUAUGGAUCACUUUGUCCUUUUUUCAACUAAAACCGUUUUGCGACAAAUAUGCAUUGCUUCGCUGGUUUUAUUGUUCCAAGAAAGAAAAGCUUCUAUUGUGUUUGUUUUAAUAAGACAAAUUGCCAACGGAAAAAAAUAGAAUUUUGCAUUCGUUGCCUAACAAGACAUCCAAAAGGAAAGGAGUCAAUCAAACCAUUUGAAAAUUGCUAGGCUGUUGCUUAAACGCACGCAUGUCGAGGCGUUCUCGAACAAAUAAAGUUAACAAAAAUAAACACAGAUUCUACCGUGGCCUUAAAUGGUUCGAUAUUGGGUUAUGCAAAAAUCAAAUUAAUGGAUUGUGAUAAAUGUGAAUUGAAAUACCACUUUGCAUUACCUUAAUUAAAGAAGUCUGUAAAGAGAAUAUUGCUGGCAAAAUUUAGGACCUUGAGAUAAGAAACUUAAUGUUUUUAAGUUCCUCUUUAUUAUUUCUAUUCAGGUGAAAGACCCUCCAACAUCAGUUUCAUGGCCUGUUGAAGAAGGUGCAUUGUACACCCUUCUUAUGACUGGUAGGUUUACUCAAUGUAGUCUGACUCUGGUAAUUUUUAACCUUCUGAAUACAAUUUAUCUUACCCCUCCCCCUAACAUGUUUGAUAUCUUGGCAACCACCUUUUGGCUCAUCACCAAGGCUGCAGAAUCCAUAGCAACCCUGUAGUGGCACCAUAACUCUGAACCACUCAGUGAACUAAUUCAUUGUAACUUUAACUAAUACCUAGUUAUGGAAAGGAAGUGUCUGUAGUGGUCUGUAAGUAAACUAAGGCUUGUAAAAUGGCUCUUUGUGAAGUCCUGCACAAAAAAAAUAGCUUGAACAGGUCACAUGACUUUUCUACUGAAGGAUGAAGGACAACCCUUGAACUGUGUAUGCAUAAAAAGGAACAUUACUGUACCAGCUUUGUCUCCCCAUAACUUGACAAAAAUUAUAUGAAGUCAUAAAAGGAUUAUCAUUGAUAGUUUAUUCACCAUGAACUCCUAGAAGUGAUAAACAUGUAACUUCUCCCAAUAAUAUCCAUACAUUAUUUAUCCAGCAGUAAGAAUACUCAAACUCAUCAGGUACAAGAUAUUACCUUGAUUGCACAAAAAUUCUCGUAACAAAUUUACAAGGAAAUGUGUAGUAGCCAGAGGGGAGAAUUAACAAUCAGAUCUUGGGAGUUAAAAUAUUUAAUGUUCUUACAAUGUCACAGAUCCUGAUGCACCUUGUCGUGCUGAACCAAAGCUCCGUGAGUGGCAUCACUGGAUUGUUGUGAACAUCCCAGGUUGUGACAUUAGCAAAGGAGAUGUAAAAAUGGAGUAUAUGGGAUCUGCACCACCACAAGGAACAAAGCUGCACCGCUACACAUUUCUAGUGUACAAACAACCUGGAAAAAUCAACUACAUUGAUCAAGCAGUGUGCAGCCAGUAAGAAUGCAUUUGUUAACAUAUUGUUCAUUUGUUUGUUUGUUUGUUUUUUGUAGUUUUUAAAUUUCAGUCACUGUUUUUUAUUCUAGCCUGCAAUAAGUAAUGCAUGCAAAGCCAAAGUUUACUUCUAUAUACUCUCGAAAUAUUAAUCAGCAAUGAUUUGAUGCUGAGCUGAAAGUUAAGUAUUUGCUAAAAGAAUUGUCAGGCACAUGAUUGUGUCAAAAUCCCAUUUUGAUCGGAAUUAUGGCUUUGAAAUGUCGACUUUUAAAUUGUACCAAUACAUGUUUCAUUUGAACUUCAAAGAAAUUAAAUGGGGUACUCCUUUCUUCAGAAUUUCAAUUCCAUUUUUAUCCUUUCACUGUAAUGUAGCUCUUUGAAGCUUUUUAUACUCCAUCUUGCCUUAUUUCUAGGCCUGGCUUUGAGCGUGCUAGAAGAAAUGCUCGUGAGAUGGCUGCCAAGUACAAUCUUGGUAAUCCUGUGGCAGGAAACCUUUUCCAGGCAGAAUAUGUGGAAACCAAAUCAUGGAUGUUGCAAAUGAGGCUCAGGUUCAGGUCACUGUGUACUGUAACCUGGCAUUUAACAUGGCUGUGAUUGUCAAUGACUCAUUUUUAAGUUAGACAUCUUUAUAUUCCACUCAUAGAUGUUAAUAACUUAAAGUCAGGUUUAUACGGUCAGGGUCUGUGGGUAUGUUUUUGAAUAUCUUGAGUUAGCUUUUGUGGGAGUACAUUACUCAAAGAAAAGGCAUGAUGAGGUCAGUUUCCUCUUGUCACAAGCAUAUAUUGUAAACAAGUGCACAAAGUCAAGUCUUGGCAGGGUGAAUAAAAACAUUUUAGUCGG